AUGAAGUUCUCUACCGUGCUUUCUGCCGCCCUUCUCGGCGCUUCCACCACUUUGGCUGCCCCGAGGCCGGCGGCCAACCGCAUCGGCAAGCGGUCGAUCCAGAAGAAGUCCCUUCCCAAGAUGUCGGCAGUUGGUGCCCACAACACCACCGCAGACGAGGAGGAGAGCUACAACUGGUCUGGCGCCGUGCUGGUUGGCACUGGCUACACCUCCGUGACCGGGAAGAUCGUCGUGCCCACCAUCUCUUCGGGCUCGUCCAACAACGACAAGGUCGGCACGGCCUGGGUCGGCAUCGACGGUGACACCUGCAGCUCGCUGUGGCAGACGGGUGUCUCGUGGACCGUCGAGGACGGCUCGGUCGACUACACGGCCUGGUACGAGUGGGUUCCGUACAGCGCUUCGGUCGACUUCACCGGCAUCACUAUCUCGGCCGGAGACAGCAUCGUCAUGACCGUCACGGCGACGAGCACGACGUCGGGCACGGCCACGAUUGAGAACGAGACCACCGGCAAGACGGUCAGCCACACGUACAGCUCCAUGUCGAGCGAUAACGCGCUCUGCUACUACAACGCCGAGUGGAUUGUCGAGGACUUUGCCGAGUGCCUCGACAGCAGCUGCACCCAGACUGAGCUGCUGCCGUUUGCCGACUACGGCAGCGUCGAGUUCACUGACUGCUCGGCCGUCAAGUCGGGCGCCACCGUCGACGUUACCGGCGCCACGACCAUCGACAUGGUCAGCCAGUCGGACGAUUCGGUCGAGUCGAGCUGCACUGACACGGCCUCGACCGUCACCUGCAAGUACGUCUAA